AUGUGGGACAAUUUUCCCAAUGAAAUACUGCUCGAAAUAAUUCAAUAUCUAUCUAUUACUGAUUUAUUUCAUUCAUUAUUAAACAUUAAUUUGAGAAUAAAAUUACUUAUAAACAAGUAUACACCAGUAAGGAUUGAUUUUUCCUCUAUUAUUGAGAAGUCUGAAUUUGAUUCUUUAUGUCAAACUACAAUAGCGUCUACCAAUUAUCCUUAUUUAUGUGAUUAUUUAAAACUGAGUAAUUUACGUGUUCCAUGUCAAAUUCAAAUCUUUUUCACUGUGUUCGAUCUAUCGUUAUUUGCCAAUCUAAAAUCGUUGACUAUUAUCGCCAUUCGAUUCACUGAACUAACGACGAUUAUGCAACAUAAAUUACCGCAAUUGACAAAUCUUACCUACUUAGCUAUUAAAACAGAUGAAAUAAUGCAAUGUGAUCAACGAAAAUAUUUUUAUCGUAUGAUAUUUAUCGAUCUUUCCUGUUUAUCAUUGAGAAAAUUAAUUGUAAAAUUUGGUAAUCCACCUAGAGAAGCUAAUUAUUCGCUAGCAGAUUGUAUAACGUGUAAUAGCAAAGUUACGAAUCUGAAGUAUGUUGAUAUCGACUCAUGUUAUAUGACCGAUUUAACACGAUUAUUCAAAGAUUGCAUACCCAGUAUUAAGCGUCUAAAGAUGAAUUUAUUGGGCGAUGGCGAGUAUAUUCACCACUAG